AUGUCGUUCCUCUCUGCUCUGCUGUCUCAGCAAACGCCCAACUUGCAGACCAGGAAGGGGUUGAUCGUGGUGGGCCUUCAGAAUGAUUUCAUUCUUCCAGACGGCAAGCUACCUGUCAAAGACGCCGCCUUUGUGAAUCGCAUCGGAAGCCUGGUUCCCGCCUUCCGCGAGCAUGGUGAAAUAAUAUGGGUACGAUCAGAAUUUCAGCAGACCAGACCAGUGAAUGGCGACGACACGCCGGGAGACAGAGUGAUUGCAGCUGGUUCGUUGGGCACUGGGCUUGACCGCCAGCGCUCGGGAGAUGUGCCAGCGGCGAACAAGAAAUACAAGUUCUCAGCAUCAUUUGAAAAGCCGGAAGCUGGGAAGGAGGAAGGCGAUGACGAAGAACUCUUCCUGUCCAGGACAUCCAAAAGAGAGCCAUGUUGCAUCAAAGGCAGCCAUGGCGCCGACUUUUCUGACCGCAUCAAGCCCUUGAUACAGCGAAAGGACCUACAGGUCGUCAAAUCGCAUUACUCGGCGUUUGCUGGAACCUCACUCCUCAUGACACUCCGCUCCAAGCUGAUCACGGAUGUCUACAUCUGUGGCUGUAUGACGAAUCUCUCAGUCUAUGCCACAGCCAUGGACGCAGCACGGUAUGGGAUCGAGAUUACCCUUGUUGAAGACUGUCUGGGCUACCGAAGGUUCGAUCGACACCAAAUGGCAGUUCAACAGCUCAAUCACUUCAUGAGCGCAAAUUUUUGGAAAUCUGCGAGAGUUCUCGCGCAGCUACUUGACCCCAGUCUGGAGUUUCCCAGCUCCGAUUCAGGAGCAAUAGAAGUAGUAGUAGAAGAGGAAGAUGAUGACGAUGACGAUGAUGAUGAUGAUGAAGACGAAGACGAAGAAGAACAAACAGAAGAACAGCAACAUAAAGGAGAAGAAGAAAAACAAGAAAAAGAAGCGACAGAAGGGAGUACAGUGAUGGGCGACAGGCGUUCCACGUUACUCCAGGCUCAAGCGGAUGUGCUCGAAGUGGAUAGUGACGAGCACAGCGACGAAGAGGUGUCCUUGCCCACCGUAGGUCUUCCCAGAAGGCUGCUUGAUCGAAUUUCCGAGCGAAGCUUUGCGACACGACUAUCGAGCAAAUACUCACCACGUGCAGCGCGACGACCCCGCAUCACUACCACUCAGUAUGCGACACCUGAAAGCCCUCGAUCUGACCCGCGGCACAACGACCCAGGACACGAGAGUGAAAAAGGUGCCAUUGAAUUUGGCAAACUCAAGUUCGCCACAGCCUCCGGUCACAGCCGCCUAAUCUCUACCCAUAGUGGCUCAUCCAGGCAAGUAUCCAGACUCCCAUGGCUCGAUAUUAUUCCGCCCAACUAUAAAUCAUCGCAAGACAUCGGUCCGCCGGCAUCAUCUCAUCAACAAGGCAGUCCAUGUGCACCCUCCCAGUCGACUGCUUCGCCUCCGUCAUCUGGUGGGAAGAAGCCGAAAGCCAUGUCUACGUGUUCCCAGAAGAGUAGGCCCCUCUUCGGCGAGGACAAGGUGGCGGAAAGCGCUGGAUCUCGUAUUCUGCAUGGACUCUUACCAGAGGAUGCAGCCGAGACUGCCUUUGAGGAUGUUCAAAGUGAGGUGAAGUGGCAGAGCAUGUUUCAUCAGACUGGCCCCGUCCCACGUCUCGUGAGCUGCCAGGCCACGAUAUGCGAUGACGGUAGCGUACCACUGUAUCGACAUCCGUCUGAUCAGACUCCAGAAGUGCAUGCAUGGACGCCAACAGUGGACCGGAUCCGAAAGGCAGCAGAACAGGUGGCUGGCCACCGUCUCAAUCAUGCACUCAUUCAAUUGUACCGCGAUGGCAACGACUUCAUUUCGGAGCAUUCCGACAAGACGUUGGACAUUGCUCCCGACAGCAACAUUGUGAAUGUCUCGAUGGGUGCGCAAAGGACGAUGCGCAUUCGAACGAAACGUGGAGCGGGAACAGGUAGUGGCAAUACUGCUGAAGCUCGCACGACAUAUCGUGUGCCUCUUCCACACAACAGCAUGGUCACCAUGUCGCUACAAACGAACGCCGAAUACCUACAUGCCAUCCCUUGGGACCGAAGACCCCCCUGCGAGCUUGUCGAAGCAGAGAAAGCAUUCGGAGGCCAGCGCAUCAGCUUGACGUUCCGAUGCAUUGCCACCUUCUUGAGCCAGGACCGCACCAUGAUUUGGGGUCAAGGCGCAGUGGGCAAAUCCAAGGAUACCGCGCGACGCGUCGUCCACGGCGAUCCGGAAGAAAGCCAGAAGUUGGUUGAUGCGUUCGGCAAGGAGAAUGCGGCUUCGAGCAUUGAGUGGAAGGAGAUAUACGGGAGUGGUAGCGAUGUGCUGCAUUUGAAGCAGCAGCAAUAACACCAACAUUGAAGCAAGCCUAGGAGGCACCUAGGCAAGGUAGGUAAGGUAUUAAACUAGUCUCACCGACAGAAGACUUAUUACGUCGCAAUAAUAAUAUAUCAACGAAUGCAAUCUCC